CACUCCGUGGUACAGGACUGGAUCCUGUGCAGCUCCAUCUCUCCGCUCACUCUCGGCCAGUCCUCCUUUCUCUUUCUUUCUUUUUUUUUUCUUUCCUUUUCUCUGUGUGUGUGUGUGUGUGUGUGUGUGUGUGUGUGUGUGUGUGUGUGUGUGAGCUCACCCUGCUGCUCCCCCACCUCGCGCUCAGAGCAGGACAGUGUACAGUCGGGGGGGUUAGUGUUGUCAGCCAGAGGAGGGAACAUGCAGCAUCCUGGAGGAACCUGCGUGGCGUUACCCAGCGUGGACACCUGUCCCCAGCUGUCCUGCGCAGCCCUCACCUUCAUGUAUCUACAGCAGGGUAACCAGGACACACCGGCACCCCCGGACCCAUCCAUGGCCCAAGCUUACCCAUCAGCCCAGUUUGCCCCCCCUCCCCAGAACAGCAUCCCAGAGUUCACAGCUUCACACCCCCAUCCACAUCCACACUCCCACCCGCACCAGCACCCGGCGGCCCCGCAGGACUACCCCGGGGUGCAGGCCUCCGUCAGCGACCACCCCCUCAACAUGUACCAGUCCUCGCAGAGCCACGAGGGGCCGAGCGGCCCGGACCCCGGCAGCCACAGCGUCCCCGGCAACGCCACACAGACAGAUGAAGCCGCUCAGACAGACAGUCAGCCUUCAUCACAGACGGUCCCUGAAAGCACCGACAGCAAGGCCCAGCCCAAGAGACUGCACGUGUCCAACAUCCCCUUCAGGUUCAGAGACCCAGACCUCAGGCAAAUGUUCGGCCAAUUUGGCAAAAUCUUAGAUGUGGAAAUCAUCUUCAACGAGCGAGGUUCUAAGGGUUUUGGGUUCGUAACGUUCGAGCAUAGCGUGGACGCCGACAGGGCCAGAGAGAAAUUACACGGAACCGUGGUAGAAGGCCGUAAAAUAGAGGUCAACAAUGCAACAGCCCGAGUAAUGACAAAUAAGAAGACUGUCAACCCAUAUGCAAAUGGCUGGAAGUUAAAUCCAGUGGUCAGCGCUGUCUACAGCCCAGAAUUCUAUGCAGUACCAGGUUUCCCCUACCCAGCAGCCAGUGCAGCAGCAGCGUACAGAGGAGCCCACCUAAGAGGUCGAGGACGGACGGUGUACAACACAUUCAGGACGGCUGCUCCCCCCCCCCAAAUCCCAGCGUACGGAGGUGUUGUUUACCAGGAUGGAUUUUAUGGUGCAGAUAUUUAUGGUGGUUACGCUGCCUACAGAUAUGCCCAGCCUACUGCUGCCACAGCUGCUGCAUACAGUGACAGUUACGGACGAGUAUACGCUGCCGACCCCUACAACCACACACUCACUCCAGCAGCCACAUACAGCGUUGGUGCCAUGAACGCCUUCACCCCACUGACAGACGCGAAAACUCGGAGCCAUGCCGACGAUGUGGGGCUCGUGCUGUCCUCUCUCCAGGCUAGUAUAUACCGGGGAGGCUACAGCCGCUUUGCUCCCUAUUAGCAACACCUCCAACCUGAACCCAACCUUCCAACAGCACAGAAAGUGUGUGCGCGAGAGUGUGUGAGCGAAUGAAACCACGAGUUAUCAGAGAGACGUUACUGAGGCCUGGGUAUUGCAAUACAUGCAGUUUGUGCAUCAUUUCAGCGUCUUCUAAGAACGAAAAAAAGAAAAAGAAAACGACAGCUGAUAUUUUUCAUCUUAUACCUCAGAUAUUUUGUGCUGUGUAUUUUGAUAUUGUGGGUUUUUAAUUUCUAAAGAUUUAAACCUAGAUUAUCAGCUGUAGGUUUUCCAUAGAGAGCUGCUAGAGUAAUGAUGAGACACAAAUAAAAUAUUUAUCAGAUUCAAAUAGUUAGGGCUUGUAUAGAACUCCAACCCUGUAAGAGAGUCACUUUUUGGAGUUUUUUUACGUUUUGUUAGUGUUAAAGUGACUCUGCUAGUCAAGUGUUGUUGUUUUUAUCGUCUCAGCUUCCUUUGGUACUUCCUCUUUCAGUUUAGCUAGCUUUUUCUCCCCCUUUGGUUUGUGAAGAAGUGAAGAAGCCUUGAAACCCAGGGACAACUUAUGAGGGCGGAGAGAGAGAAGCUGAGAACAGCCAUUAUGCUGUUUGUAAGUUACCUCGAGAACAAGCUUUAUUACUUGUGACUGCAACUUUACUAUCAUAAGCUUAUGGUUAUUUUGCAAAAAGCAAGAUAACAAUAAUAAUACCAAAACAAAAUGCUAUGUCUGCAUAGUCAUGGAAACUGCAUGUAUUGUAGCCCAAUUGUUAUUGAGUGCGAUAUGAUGUGUUUUUGUUUUGUAACAUAUGAAAUUGCAUUGCAUUUAAAAAAGGGAAGAAAUAAAUCAUCUAAGUAUUUCAUAAUAACACAAUCCCUGCUCUAUCUGAAAUAUUAUCCACCGAACUUCCACAAACACCCUGUUUUAAGAUUGGCUUGUUUCAUACGUUAAUUAACCUGAAAAUAAAGGUUUAAAAUGUGGCUACAGUAGAGUGGUGCAGUGAUGACACAUUUAUGUAGUCCUCGAAAAAAGGCAAUAGCAUUUUUCCAUUGGAUUUUGGAAUAUGCUGACAAAAGCUCUGUAGCAAACACGUUUAUGAUUCUUAAAUGUUUAGCCGCAUAAUCUACACAUAUUAUCACUUUAUUAUUUUUGAAGCAUAACUGCACUGUCAAGAAGUAGGUAUCUAACAUUAGGCUAUAAAGGAACGACAUCGCGGUCCCAUGGCAGCGCAUCACCACCGCUAAGCUAAAGAUUCUGCAUUAUGAUGUUAGACGUUGUUAGCAACCACCGUUUUUUUGAGACGGGUAAAAGCUUCAGACAUUCAACAACUGACGUAUUUCAAAUCGUGGAACAAAACGAGAAAUGUAUUUUGCCUGUGUUAACCACAGACCUUAUUUUGUGGAUUUAGGACUUUUUCCAGCACCAGUCCUUUAAUCUGUCUGACAGUAUUUGAAAUUAGGACCAACAGCUGGCAGAAAGUAAACUUGGAGCCAAGAGGUUUCUAUACCAGUGCAAUCCAAUCAAGCAGUUUGUUGCAGUAUUUUACUUAUUGCUUAAUGCUGAUUUAGCAUCUGAUCUAAUGAGAUAUGAUUUAGGUCAGUGUGCUCGACAUACUGGUCGUUUCUCAAUCGCGAGGAUAUUGGCUUCCAAGCCAAUAUUUCAAGUAUGCUACGUCAUUGA